AUGGGUGACCGUGUUCCAGAGGCGCUCUCGCCGCGCCGGAGCGCCCGCGUCCAGCAUCGCGUCAGCAGCAGCAUGGGUGCUGUCGGAUUCAGAAGGAAGAGCUUCUGCGCUGAAAUGGAGGAAACGGAGCUGCAGCAAGGCGUCCAUCCCGCUGCGUCGCGUGUCGCCCGACAACACGCUAAAAAGAUUGCCCGGCAGAAGCUUGUAUUCAAUGGCCGGCAGGUCCUGCCCACUGGCGUCAGGACGUCUCAGCAGAAGCCUUCAAAUUCGCAUGACCAGUUUGCGGCGGUUUUCGGCUAUGCGCCGGGUGAGAGCCUUGCUCAUUCCCGUGCCAAAAUCGGGAGUGAGGCCAGCGGCCAUCCAACAUCCGAGGAAUCCUCCCCCAAAGGCCACAAGGGCCGCAAGUCACCCACCCGACAGAGCACCGCGACAAGCUUGAGCGAGGACAUGCAGCACGCUCUGGGUUAUCGCACCAAGCGGAAGGGCGAGCACGACCUCACGCCAGCACAGCAACGAGCUUUCCAGUUCCGCAGCGCCAUCAACAAAAGCACAAUCAACCUUGUACCGGAUCUGACCCCGGGCUCUAUCUUGGAGUCAGCUGCGGCCUCACAGCUAGCGGGGGCUGUUCGCUGCUCCAGGCAGGACAGCCUCGAACCCCCCCCCGCAGCACCUUCACCGGAGUUUGGAUUAGGGCCAUGGUUUGACAGGGGGCCGCCUGCCAGUACCUGCUACGCCCUGCCUCCCAGCUCCCCCCCACCCACCCUAUCCCCAGCCAUACUGGAAGGCCUCAAGCCCCCUACCCAGCCCACGGUCGCCGAUGGCGCACUGAUGGGCACCAUGAUGCUGCAAAAGGACCUGAAGCCCUUCAGCAGCAGUACUCGGCUGCCGUACCAAACUACCAACGGCGGCCCCGGUGCGGAGGCCUCCACGGGCGCUGGCUACUUCCUGAUGCCGCCCGUGGACGUGAGCAUGGCGGAUGCGUACAACUACAGCGUCCCUGCGGACGUGCGGACGGGUGAGGACGCGGUGUGCCUGUUCAGCAGCUCCGCCGCCAAGAGCGGCCUCAUCAUCUACUGCAACCUCAACCCCGCAUGCGCCGGCGGGGAGUACAAUCCGUACGACCUGAUCGUGGUGGACCGCGCCCGCGUGGACCCUCGGCACCAUUACGUGCUGACGCAGUCCGGGGUUACCCAGAUGUUGGGGGGCCACGCGCAGGAGCUGCAGCCCUUCCACGCCUGGCAGCGGGACCGGAACCUGUUCACGGUGCUGCGCAAGCUAGUGUUCUUCCAGCAGAACGAGGUGUUCCAGGCCUUCACUCAGUGGCGGGAUGCCGUACGUGUCCUCAAGUUCCGAGCCCGUCAGCGCUUCCUCACCCAGCAGCUGCUGGUCCUCAGUCCGACCUUCCACCGGGCUCUGCUGAACGUGAGGCGGAUGACGCUGGCCGUCAGCUGCGACACCAACGGCACAUGGCGCAAGACGUCGGAGGGUCGCUGGAUCGAGCUGGAGCCGGAGCUGGUGGCCCCUAACCUGGCGGCGGGGCACAACGCCAUCACCACUGCUACCGCUGCUAUAACCCGGCAGAGCCCCGCCGCGGCCCUGGUCCCCCAGCUGCCUUCCACCCAGCCGCCAGCAAGGCGCUCCUCAUCCCAGCUCCCCGCCCGACCACCUUCACAGCUCUCGCUGCAGCAAGGUCAGUACAGCUCCUCAGGCACCGGAACGGCGACGGAGCCAGCAGCAGGUGCAGCUGCAGCGGCGGCGAGCCGCAGCCAAAGCCACAGUGACGUCGCCGCUCCCUCCGGCGGCGGCGGCGGCGGCGGCGAGCCGUCUUCCACCGGCAGUUGUAUCUCAAUCUCGGAGCCCGACGGUGGCGCCGGCGGCGGCGGCGGCGGCCUGGAGGUGGAGCCGCCGACGCCGCUGCCGCCGGAGCGGCUGCCGGAGAGCGGUCUGCCGUACCAGCUUGGUUUUAUGGGCACAUUGCAGGACCAGUUCACGUUGGCGGACUUCAAACGUAUGCGCGAGGAGCAGCGGAACCUGGUGGCAUCGGCGCUGCAGGACAUGGUGGCAUAUGUGAGGUCGCAGGUGCAGGCGGUGGGUCAGGCGGUGCAGGCGAACCUGGCGGCGGCGCAGGCGGCGGUGGCCAAGCCCACACGGCAGGAGGCCCGGCAGCAGAGAUUCGAGGCACCGGGCAGCCAGGCGUGGAAGACCAAAUCGCUGGCCCUCGCGCGCCUCGACGCCGAGCAGCGUCAAUGCAACCUGCACGACGCCGUACACACGGCUCACCAACUGCUCCGCUUCAUUACCCUAGCGGACUGCCUCAUGCUUGGCCAACUGCUGGAGCUUGCGCGCCUUGCCGUACUGUUGUGUGUACGGCAGCUAGAGACGCCGCGCAAGGCGGGCCUGUACAUCGUUGUCGGGACGGUGGAGGAGCCGACGGCGGCCGCGGCCUCCGCCUCGGCGCGAACCGGCGGCGGACUUCCCACCUGGGGCCGAGCGGGCACCAUGGCGGCCGUCUCGUUUGCCACGGCGACGGGACGACGGCGGGGCUCGAACGGCAUGCCGCUGUCGGCGAGCCUUAGCCAGUGGUCGUACGGCGGCGACGGCGUGGGCCCGUCGCCGCGUGUACGAGCGUCGGAAGGUACGGACGACGACGCGUUAGACGGCGUGCCGGCGCCAGUGCCGCAAUUUGUGAUCAACCCGGGCUCAGAGGAGCUGUCGACGGCGGUGGCGAACUUGCCCCGGGAGAUUUUGCAUGUGGUAGUGGUGUCGGCGGCGCCGCUGGUGACGUACGCGGAGGUACGGCAGCUGCUGGUGGAGAUUGGCGGCAAGGGGAUUCCGGUGCCGGUGGCGAUGGUGGCGGUGCGGGGGACGGGCGAGGGCGGCGGUGGUGGUGGCGGCGGCGGCGGCGGCGGCGGCGGCAGCGUGGCGGCUCGCGCGGCGGGGAGCUUCAAUGCGGAGGUACUGCGCGGGGCAGUGGACGUCCGGAGCUUGAUGACCCGCCUCCAGCUGUCCGUACUCAACGACUACAACAGCGCCAUGCACCACCCCGGCAUGGCGCCCUUCCGCAGUCGGGAGGUGCUGUGGGGAAUGGUCUGCAGGUUCUCAGCGGAGGCGUACAGCUGGUUGGGGGAGAUGACCUCCGCCCGCACCUCCGUCAUUGUGGGGCUGGUGGCGGUAGACAUGUCCGCCCUGCUCAGAGCGACACUGCCGGUCAUACAGAAGGCGCACAGCGGCAUCAUGUCGCUGCUGGGCGGCCUGCUGGUGUCCCAGUCCGUCAGCCUGACCGCCAGGCUGGCGGAGUACACCAACAACAUGAUUGCGCGGCCCAGCCAGCUGCCUGAGUUCGUACAGUACGUCGAGAACGUGGACGAGGAUGACGAGAUGGCUGAGCCCGGCAAGCCCCCCUCGGGCCGCAAGGUACGGGCCGCGUGGGAGGGCCUGCAGGCGGCUGUAGCCACAUACCUGGACGAGGCCAGGGCGGCGGCGGAGUACUUCCAGGCGGCGGCGGCGCUGAUGGUGACGCACCUGAAGACGUCAUUGAUUGAGUCGGGGAACUCCCUCCAAGGCGUACUGCUUCAGCUGCGCACCGGCCCCUCCACCGACCCCUCCGCCAACGCCGCGGAGGUUGCCAAGCACCUCGACGGCCUGGCGGAGGGCCUCCGUACACUGGCGGCGGUGGCGGAGCAGCACAGCAGCUGGGCCCGACUGCUGACGCAACCCUCAACCACCAGUCUGGUAGCGUCGUUGGAAAGUCAGUUGGCGGCGGCGCGCGGCGUACUGGCGGCGCGACGGGCGCUGUGGGAGGCGCUUGCGGACUGGCGGCGGUUUUUGGACGAGCUGUAUGAGGUGCCGUGUACGGAUAGUCAACGGGAACGGUUGACGGUUGAGCUGGCGGACCAGGUGGCGAGGAUACGGAUGCACGCGACACAGAUUAUGUCACUCCAUGUAGACGACGACCUUACCAGCACUCGCACCGUCACAUCUUCCGAACAGAAGUUAGGAGCGCACCUUAGCCUCCUGGCUAAGUCCUGGCAGGAUAUGCUGCCCAUGGCGCAGCAGCUGGUGCGCCCGGCCGUGAAGCCGAGGCACCUGCGGACCCUGCUGGGAUGGCUGGCGGCGCACCAGACGGCGGCGGCAGCGGCCGCCGCCGCUGCCGGCAGUGGCGGCGGCGGCGGCGGCGGCGGAGCAGGAGGGCUGUUUGGUUCGGAGCUCGGGGCGCCGAUGCGGAUGAUGCAGAACCCGUACGCCGCGUUGCCGACGCAUGUACGGCAGGACGAUGCGGCGAUCGCGGCGGCGGCGGGACGGACGUCGUUGGCGCACCUGGUGACAGCGUGCAGCGAGUCGGCGGCGACACGAGCUUUGGUGAUGCGGAUUUCGCAGGUCGCCCUAGGCGAGGCCCAGCUGGUUUCCUGGCUCCGGUCGAUACAGGAGCGCAUGCAGGCCAUACCCCUCACGUACAGCCAGAGCCGGACCUGGAACUCCUUCACCCCUACCAACCUGCCCCAGGUGCUGGCCGCCCUGGCUGCCCUGGUCUCGGAGCUGGGCGGGGUGCAGCGCAGUCCCUUCUACUGCGGAGUGCUGCGGGAGUUUGAGCGUGUGGAGCAGCUGCUCGGGGGGGUGCAGAGGAGCUUGCAGGACGCCUCCGCCUGCCUGGACUUAUGGAUCUACAUGAACCAGCUGCUCCACAACCCGGUGGUUUCGGAGGCCUGUCCCGAGGCGGCCUCCUCCCUGGAGCUGCUGGGUACGGCAUGGAGGAAACUGAACAUGGCGGCCAUGGAGCAGCCCACACUCACCGGGGCGGCCGUGGCGCUGCAGGAUUGCCGUGUAUUGCUUGCCGGGUUCGAGGCCAUGCGGCGCAGCUGCGCCCAAGCCGUGUUGCCCGGGCUCCGCGAGAGCUACCCCCGGUUGUGGCUGGUGGGAGAUGAGGUGCUGAUGGCGGCGCUGGCGGUGGGCAAUGAGGUGGAGGCCCUGCCGCCAGCGCUGUUGGAAGGGCUGUACGGCGGGGCUAAGGCACUGCACAUGCGGACGCACAAACACAUGGAGCUGGACAUGGCCCCCCCAGUACCGGAGGUAGUGGCCGUCGCGGGUGCCAACGGAGAGGUCUGUAACCUGCGCCAGCCGCUGCCGGCGGCUGCCGUACCAAGCGGCGGCGGCGCCGCAGCUCCGCUGCGCCUGGAGAUCUGGCUGGCUGCCCUGGAGGCUGAGCUUCGGUCCUCUUUGGCGGCUCACACACGGGAUUGCCUGGCGGCCUGCGGCUUCAUGUCGCCUGAUGUGUGGGUGGCGUCGUUUCCCAGCCAGUGUGUGAUGCUCGUUGAUGCGGUGGUGUGGACGCAGACGGUGACAGCGACCCUGGAGCGUACGGCACAGGGGGAGCGCGCGGCGCUACGAAACCUGCUGGACCAAUCGGUGUUGCGGCUGGAGACCAUGGCGCGGCAGCUCCGCAGUGCGAUGGUCGCUGUGGCGGCGGCGGCGCCGCUGCCGCCGCCGCCGCCGCCAGGCACCGCUUGGAGCCAGGGACACGGAAGCACGCCGAAUCAUGCGUACGGCCAUCUGCCGGUGGGACGACAGGUCGAGGACUUGACGGGACGGGCAGAGCGCGCGGCGCUGACGGCCGUGGGUGCCGCCACGGCGGCGGCGGCGCCGUCAGCCCGCUCCGACGGCGGUGAUGAUCCCACGGAUGACGGCGAGCUGAUGGAGCCACCAGGAGUGGCGGCGUCGCCAUCCAUGGCAAGCGUCAGUAGCUCGCGACUGAGCACGACGGCGCCGCCGUCGCCGCCGCUGCAUGCGGGGCCGCCGAGGAUGCCGGCGUUCCUAGUGGCACCGACGGCAGCGACUGCCGCCGCCGCGGCAGCGGCGGCGACGGCGGCCGCAGCGGCGGCCGUACCCGCAGUCGACGUUGACGGCGAGCCAGUGGGUGCAGGUCCUUACUUGGCCCUCAGCACCGGCCACGCCACGGGUCCCGGCUCUCCGCCAAUUUUCCUCCGCCGUCGCCGUACUUCAAUUGUUUUAUCUUUGCAUGAUGUGACGGCUGGUGUUGAAGCGCCCGCGGCUCCGGUGGCCAUGGCUCGACAGACGAUUCGCGGCAUCGAGCGCCUCCUGGCGGCGGGCAUCUGCCAUCGACAAGUGGUCGAAGAGCUCAUCGGAGCGGAAGUGGCGGGCCCCGACUCGUUCGACUGGCAGCGAAACGUACGGCAUUACUGGGACGCGGAGCGCGCUGCGAUCGAGCUGGCAUUCGGCACGCAGCGUCACGAGUACGGUUUUGAGUACGACGGUACGGCACAGGAUCUUGUGGAGAUGGCCUUGCCCAUGAGCGUGCCGUCGCUGCUGGCGGCGGUGAGCGCGCUGCAAGCCUCCCCAGUGGUGUCCUUGGUGCGAGCUGAGGGCGCCUGCAGCCCCGUCAGCGCCGUACGGGGGCUGUGUUCCUUGCUUGGCCGUCUGCACAUGCACGUGGCGUGGGACUCCACCACAUCCCCCGCCGCCAUGGCGCGCACGCUGGCCACUGCCGUACAGCUCAAUGCCUGGGUAUCCGUUGACGGCACGGAGCUGCUGGGCCUGGCGGCCCUGUCGGCGCUCAGUGAGUUGCUACAGGGUUUGCUGACGGCGGCGGCGAGCCGUCAGCCGCAGAUUCAGAUAGCCGGCGAGUCGAUUCGCUCGCCGUGGGCAUCUGGGGGUGCUGGCGGCGGCAGCGGCACAGCGGGCCAGGGCCGCAGGGCCCGGCCGGACAGCGGCGGCGCAGCGGCAAGUGGAGGUGGUGGUCAGGGCAACACGUCGGCAGCGGUGGCGGCGGCGGCGGCGGCGGCGGCGGCGUCCCCUCCACCGCCGUCAGCGUUGCGGGGAGGCCGGGAGGCUGCUGCAAACGCAUCGGCGUCCACGUCCAGCGGUGGCGCAGCGGCAGGCGUCGUACGUCCGACGCCAGGGGUGUUCUUGGCGCUGCCGCUGGCAGCGUACCUGCCCGCAUCGCACGACGCACUUGUGCCGUUCAGCGAUGCGCCCGGCGCCGCCGCCGCGGCGACGGCGUUCCUGACCGAGUCGAGUCAGAUGCGGGGUCCCUUCCCGCAUGAGCUGUGCGAGGCGGCCCGCCGCGCCGGCCGUGCCGUGACCUUGCAUAGUGCUGACCUGGCGGUAGCGCUAGAGGCGGGCCUCCGCUGCGCCGGCCUGCGUGACGCCGCAGAGGCGGCGCGCGCGGCGGCAUGCUGGUUCAGGCUGGCUGCCGUACAACUAGCAUCGCCUCCGCAGCUGAGGUUGGACGCCGUCACCGUCCGCGCGAUGCUGAUAUACAUUCACAGGGAGUGGUUGUACGGCAGCGGCGGCGGCGGCGGCCACACAUCUGGGGGCACCCCUGCGGCUGCUUCUUCCGUCACACCGGGACAAGUCGCCGCCGCCGCCGCCGCCGUUUCUUCCGCAACGCAUGCUCUCGUGGGUGGGAGUGCGUUGGACGCCUUGAAUGAGGCCAUGAGAGCUGUCGUACUGCCGGCAGCGGAUCCGGAAGAUCUCGGCAUGUUAACACGGCUGCUAGAUCAAGUGGUAGGGUUUGCGCAGCGCACUCCGCCGCCGCCGGAGCAGGCCGCUGGACCGCCGCCGCCGGGCGGCGGCGGCGGCGUCAGCGCCAGCGGCGCUAUCGGCAGUAUCGGCAGCCUGACACUGAAUCUGCCGCCGCCGCCGCCGACGACGACUUUUAACAUUCGCGAGGCGCUUCAUGCCGUACUCGCCACGGCGCGGGAGAUGAUGGGCCUGCCGCCGGCACACCAUACGGAUGCGGCAACUGGGCCACGGCAGGGCAAGCAGGGGUUUGGCGGUGGGCGCACCACCGGCAGCGGCGACCACGGCGUCGGAGGUGGCGCACCGUCAUCACCGCUGCGUCGCCGUGGCGUCGGCGGAGGAGCCGCCGCCGCCGCCGCGGCGGCAGCAGCAGCGGCCGCACAGGCACUGCAGCAACAGCCGGCUGGCGGCGGGGCGGCGGCGGCGGCGGCGUCAGAGCCUGCGGCGAUCCCAUCCCCGCAGCCAGCCUGGAAGCACCAUCUGGCGGCGCUGGCGUACGCCAGUCCGCCGCUGCUGGUCGCCGCCGCUGCGUCAAUAUACGACGCGCUGCUGUCGCACCGAGCCGUCCUGGUCGUCGGACCGCCGGGUUGCGGCAAGAGCGCAGCUUGGAAGGCACUGGUGGCGGCGACACACGGCCCGGAGGCUCUUGCGUCGCCCGACGAGGUGCUGCAUGUGUACAGCGAGGCGCUUCCGGCGCCGCGGCUGCAGCUCGGCGCCAGCGACAGCGGCGUCGGCAGGGCCGACACCCUCGGCGCCGUCGGUGCCGACGGCCGCUUCCCUACGGACUGGCUGCUCCGCCGCCUGGAGGGUGCCCUCCAUUGGGUUUUACGGCGGCGGCCCGAGGGCGCGAAUGUGAAAUCUGGGUCGGCGACGAUUGUUGGAAGCUCGCCAAAAUGGGUCGUAUUCGACGGGCCGCUGGGUACGGCAAGAGCGGACCGUUUGGCGGCGUUGCUGCUUAGUCGGUCGACGGUGUUGAGUAGCGGCGGCGCGGUGGUGGAGCUGACGGGCGCUGCCAGCUGCUUGUGGGAGACGUCGGAUCUCGCGACGGCAUCACCGGCGCUGCUGGCGGCGAUGCCGGUGGUGCAUGUUGGCGGCGGCGGUGGCGCGGGGGUGUGGGACGCGGAGGCGGCGGUGUUGGCGGGCGUACGGGGGAUAGUGAAGCAAGAAGGCAUGGCCCAGCUGGUGUCCCCCCGCUUUGUACGGCGACUGACGUCACUGCUAUUCACCGCCGUGUCCGGCUGCGAGUCCGUCAUGCGGCGGACGCGGGAGCCAGAGCGGGGCAACCACGGGCCCCCGACCGGGCUGACCCUGGUUUCGGAGCUGACCACCAUGUUUGGCGAGGUGGUCAAGUCGCUGGAUGUGCCGGCGGAGUCCGCCUCGUGGAACCAACAGCCCGCGGAUUUGGAGCUGGCACUCGCACGUUGCGCCAUGUUCUCUUGCUACUGGUCACUAGCGGGGCAAGUACUGGGCCACGGCCAGCGGGCCGCCGUCGAGGCUGCCGUACGCGACGCCGCUGCCGCCGCCGAACUGCACAUGGCGCUGCCUCUAGGUGGCUCUCUGGCGGCCUGGCUGGUGGCCCCCAAGCGCGGCGUGUGGGUGCCGUGGUCCGCUACGCUGCACAGCCUGCCAGCCGACCGGCCUGGCAUUGUGCCGGCGGUGCCGCUGCCGCUGCUGAACGGCAGUAGCAGCGGCGACGGCGGCGGCAGCGGCGGUGGCGGCGACUCGCCCGACGUCGCCUUCCACUACUACCGCGACGUGCGCGGCGGCGCCGGGUCUUUGGAGCUGUUCGUACCCAGCGUCGCCACACAGGCAUUGCAGUACGCGGCCCAGCUGGUUCUCCAGGGGGGGGGUAAUCCGGUGCUGGUGGGGCCGCCAGGUAGCGGCCGCCGUACAUUACUACACCACUUAUUGGCGACGGUGCCGCUGCAGCAGCUGCGUGCGACAGUGGUGGUAGUGCCGGCGUGCGCGGCGGCGUCGCCGACGGCGCUGCAGGCGGCGGUGAUGUGGCACUUGGCGGCGGGAGCCGGCGGGUCGCUUCGACCCACUCCGGGCCACAGGCUGGUGGUAGUGGUGGAGGAUUUGAAUGCGGCGGUGACGGGCGGUCAUUUCGAUGGGCGCCGUGCGGGGGAGCUAACCGCGGCAGCGCAGGCGGCGGGCGGCGGCGAUGCGGCGGCGGCGGCGGUGGCGGGGCCUGCGGCUGCUGCUGCUGCAGGCUGCGAAGUGGAAGUCAAGACGGCGGCCCUGGAGUGGCUCCGUCAUGCGUUGGGCGAGCAGGCGAUACGAGACCCCGUGCUUGCACUCCGAGGUACUUCCUUCGCCGCCACCUCCACACCGCACGGCCUGAUGAGUGGUGCGGAGCAAAUGGCCGGCCGCCUGCGCCGCCACCUGACGCAGAUCCACGUGGACGCCGCGGCGCGCUGCGCCACCGACUUUGCGACCCACGGGUCGGAUAAGCCGCAUGUCGGCAGCCUCACCACCGUCUUCAGCCGGCCGGCGGUGAUGCUGGCGCUGGCGCAGCACACCGUCGCGCACCUGGUCCAUUGCGGAGUGCCGGAAGUGCAAGGGAUGCCGCUGGCGCCGGCGGCGACGGUGCUGGCGGCGACGCUGGAGAGCGUCUGCCGUAACGUGGCGGCGCUGACGCAUGCCGGCGUGACGCCGGCGCUGUGGCAUUUUGACACCGCCGCGGUCAGCGGAGUCGUACGGCGCCUGUGCGGCGCAGUCGCAAUUUCGAACGGCGUCGUGGGCGCCGCCGCCGGAAAAGCCGCCGCUCAGGGUGAUGCGACCCGUGGGUCUGUUGGGCCGUGGGGCUUACGUGAAGUGUUGCAACGCCUGGCCUUUGAGGUGGGCCGCGCCGUCAUGGGCCACUUGUCCGAUAACGCCUCCAGGGAGGCCCUUGCGAAGCUGCUACUACAGACCAUGGGCAGACAUCUGGGCGCACUGGCGUCGGGUCGCCUGGACAAGGCGGUGGCGGGUGCGCGGGAGGUGCUGGAUACACCGGCGGCGCCUCCGCCAGCGGCGGCUUUGGCACAGCAGCACCUGCACGCUGCGGCUCCGCACGUCGCGUCGCCGCCGGUGCCGACGGCAGGCGGCGGCGGUGGUGACGCGGCGGCCCAAGGACCUCAAGCGGGUCGCUAUGCGACGCCGCCGUCAAAGGCGGCGGCGGCGGCGGCGGCGGUCAGCGACCCGCUAGAGGUCCUUGCAACCUGGGCGGACUACUCGGGGCGAGGCGCUGCCGACCUCCGGUCACUGCGUGUUAGCCUGGCGGGCCGCAUUCCUCCCCGGGAGAUUGAUUUGUUACUAGGGGCGUUGGUGGGUUCGAUGCCUGUGUACGACGACCCGGCCGAAAUGCCGGACGAUCAGGGCCUAUUCUGGCCUGUCGACGGCGGCGGCGCGCUGCGCUCCGCGACAACCGGGGGCCCUGUGCUGACGGCGACGGCGCCGUGGGCGGCGGGGGAGUCGUACGGACCGGAUCCUGGGGCCGCUGGUUGGAUUGUCCGUCGGCCUUUGGGUCAUCCUGCGCUGCUGCGUCUGGUGCGUUCGUUGCUGGCAGCGCACAUCCGCGAUCCGUUAAAGGACGACGGCGGCGGCGGCGGAGGAGGAGGAACCCGGGGCACCGGGAGCAACCGCAGCGCCGACGACCUUCGUGCCGCCACCGGGACAUCAACACCAUCCACAGGCGCUGCAGCGGCCGCCGCCGCCGCCGCCGCUGCGGUGGCGGCGCUUAGCCCAGGUGACGUGAAGAAAUCGCUGCCGCGAUGCAACAUGGGGCCGCUGUCGCUGGCGCUUCUGGAGGAUGCGUCUGGGCAUUGGGGGUACGCGGAGAUGGUUAGGCCGGCGGCAGCGGCGCUGUACUGCGGGUACUUCUGCGGCGGGAACGUCGUCCUGGUUGGUGGUAACACGGCCAUGCUGGAGCACACUGCUGGCCUGGCGGCCCUAGCCACCGGCGCCAACGCCAUCAUCCGCGUCAGCCGGCCGCCCGUACACCGCAGCAACGGCGGCAUGCCCGGGCAGCCGCCUGAGGAUUUCGCGUUACGGCAGCUGCUGGUGCAGCAUCUGCUGCAUGUCGUGCAGCCGCCCGGCGGCGGUAGCGGCGCCGCCGCCGUUGCAGGCACCCCACGGUAUUACUCGCAGGCCAUGGCGGCGGCGGCCGGCGGCUUUGCCGUACCUGGCGUGCCGUACAUCGAUCCCGGGGAAGCCGACGCCGUCACCUUGGUAACGCCAGCUGGGGGGGCAGGCCUCGGUGGCGGCGGGGUUGCCGGCACGGACAGAGCCGCCGCCGCCGCCGCCGCCGCCGCUGACGUGGCGGUACCGGAGGCUGAGGUUGGCGGUCCUGGCACAUCUUCACUACACAUCUUACUAAUCACCGACGGCAUGCUGCAGGAUGACCCCACCCUGGAGCUCCUCCAGACGCUGCUCGUCCGCCCCGCCGCCGCCGGGGCCCUAUGCCGGGAGCUCCACGAGGCCGCCGGCCUGCCGCUCCUCAAAGGCCUUGAGCCGGUGGUGGUGGACGGAGAGCUGGGGACCCUACUGGCCUCCGCCGCCACCGGGGGAGUCGCCGCUGGCGGCGGCAGCAGUACAGGCACCGGGACAGGCAGCGGACAGGUCAACGCGUCGCAGGACGGCGGUGGCGAAGCCGGUCGCGGCUCGGGUCGUACAAGCAUGACGAAAGCGAUGCUGGGUAGGAUGUUUGCGCCGACGGGGAAUGCUCGGCGGCGAGCUGGGACCGCCAGCGGCAUGGCUUCCGCCGGCGGAGAGCUGGAGGUGCUUUGCUCGUCCCGUGUGGUUUCGGGGCUGCGGUUCCUUCUGACCGCCAGCCCUGCCACGUGGGCUCGGCUCCGAAGCCGCUACCCGGCCCUGGCGGCGGCACUGACUCCCAUGUCGGCCGCUGACCCCACCGUUGAAGAUCAGCAGGCCAGCUGCGCCGAGGCCCUUGGCAACCUGGCCGCCCACGUCGCCGACAACACCAUCCCCCAACGAGGGCCCCUACACAUAUCCACCCCCCAACUGCCCGGGGUACCAGAACCGGAAGACUUCGAGCGCACCUCCCCCUGGGGAAGCAGCCGCAACAGCAGCAGCAGCCCACCGCGCGACGCCAGCAGCCCCGCCGCUAGCGGUGGCGGCGGCGGUGGCGGCGCCGCCGCCGCCGCCAGCCUCCGCCGCUUCGGCCGCGCCCCGUCGCGGUCCCCCAGUCCGGAAUCCCGCGGUAUCAAACGCAAUGUGACGCUGAGUGAGCGCAUGUCGGCGUUGAUACCGGGGAGACCCAAGACGGCGGCGGAGGAGCGCGAAGCGGCGCGGCAGCGGGCGCGUGAGGACACCGAGCUGCUGCGGCGGGUGGGGGAGGUGGCGGUGGCCAUACACGCACAGGCACAGGAGCUGUACCGGCAGAUGGGACUGCUGGACCCGGGGGCAUCAUUACCGCUUUCCAAGGUAUCCGACUUGGUCCACAUGCUGGGUUUGGUUCACAGCAGCCACCGCAAGGUGCUCCAGGCCCGUCAGGCGACCCUGUAUGUAUGUCUGGCCAAGCUGAGUACCAGCGACGCCCAGCUGGCGGCGUGUAUUGAGAGCAUGGAGGAGCUCAACAGGUUCAUGACGGGCAGCCGAGAGGAGCUCAAGGUCAUUCGCAGCCAGCUCAGCCACCUGGAGCAGUUCGUGUCGGAGACCUCGACCGAGCUCGCGGAUCAAGAGGCUCGGGCUGAGGCCACCGAGGCGGUGGUGGACCAGGUGCACAAGGAGGUGGAGGAGGUAAAGUCAGCGGCCAGGACCCGGUUCCAGAAGGCGAUAGAGGAGGUGGGCGGCCUAAGCGAGUUGGAUCUCGCGGAGAUCCGGUCGUACAAGGAACCCCACGUGCUGGUCCGUCUGGUGGUUAUGGCGCUGUGUAUUUUGUUUGACUGGCCAACCGACUGGCGCAACGCCCAACGGCUGCUGGGUGAGCAGAACCCCAAGCUUGUGGACCGGCUGCGGGACUUCGACGUGCGGGGUGUGACCCCUGUCCAGGCGGCCAAGCUGGGGCGGCUGCUGCAGGAGCCCGAGUUCAACUUGGUCAGCGUAGAACAGGUCUCCGUGGCGGCCAAGUCCCUGGCCUGGUGGGUUCUUAGCCUCGCCGCCCUGCUUCGCGCCCAGAAGGAGUGCGACAUCAAGCUUGCAAGGAUCCGGGAGGGGGAGGAGAGGCUGGAGAACACCAAGGCAUACAUACGCAACUCCACAGCUCCAGCACCUCACGAAUUAUCUGCGACCUGGUACGGCAUGAACCUCCUUCCCCGUUGGCGCGAGGCCCUGGCCUCCGUCGAGGCCCGUCUCCCUGCGCUGGUUGGCGAGGCCGCGCUGGCCGUGUCGGCGGUGGUGUAUCUGGGGCCGCUAGACGGCCGGGAGCGCAGUGCCGUACUGGGGCUGUGGCGGGACCUCCUGGAGCAGCAGGGAAUACCCGUGAGCCCCCCGCCCUUCAACUUCACGGCAUUCGUGGAGGACCGCUUUGCGCAGAUGACCUCCGCACUUCCCCCCGACCUGCUCGCCAAUACCCAGCCGCUGUGGCGUGACAACCUGGCGCUCAUGGCCAUGGCCAGUCGGCCCCCCCUGCUGCUGGACCCCGCCAGGGAGGGCGCCAACCUCGUGAAGGCCAUGUUCGGGAAGAGCAGCCGAGUGUUCUAUUUGAUAUCUGAGGAUGGACUGCUUGACAAGAUGGCUUCUGCCGUACGUGCCGGCCGUGCGGUCAUCGUGGACAUGUACGGCACCCCCGCGGAGGCGCCGCUUCUGGCACGGCUAUGCAAGCGCUACGAGACCGUUAUGCGCCGUACAUACGCAAACCUUGCCACCGAGCCCCACCAUCUGUACCUGCGAAUGCGCGCCGCCGCUGGCGCCGGCAGCACCGCCGCGACGGCGCCGCCGUUACCGCCUGCCGUACAUCAGUAUACCACGCCUGUGUGCUUUGCGCUGCGCGGCGAGGAGCUGCGCGCUUCCCUGUCCCGCUCCCUUCUGGCGGCGUUAGCUGGCGAGCGCGAGGUGGCGGCACGGCAGCUGGCGACGAGGCUUUGGCAACACCGCGCCCGACUGGCGGCCGCCACGGAUGACAUCGCCUUUACGAUCGCGCACACAAAGGGCCUUAUCUGGACGCACCCUGGACUGGUGGACAGUGCCGUCACCAAGGCGAAUCAGGCCGCCGCGGACGAGGCGGAGGUGCCGGCGAUGGAGGCGGCGCUGGCGGAGGUGACGGCGGCGGUUGAGCGCUGGCGUCCGUUGGUCGACGGCGUCAUGCGAAUGCACGGAGUGCUGGAGGACUUGGCCCGAGCGCACCCUGCGCGGUGCGGGGCAUUGCCGGAGACCGUUUUGGUGUCGAUGUUCCGUGCGGCGUUGCGACGCGGCGUGGUGGAGACGCCGGGGACGCUAGGGCUUGUACGGGAGCUUCAAGGGCCGACGGCGCCGCCGGAGAUGAGCGUUGGGGAGGCACGGAAGCGGAGUGCCAAAGCGCUGGUUUCGGUUCUGCUGUCGCGCGCACCGUCGCGCGCCGUCAGCCGUACGACGAGUCGUGCCGUCAGCCGCGGCGUCAGCCGCGCGCCGUCUCGACUGGACUCCGGGCAGCUGUCGUCGUACUUUGCCGACACAGACGACGACGGCGGGGUCUCGACGUCGGCAUCGACGGCGCGCCUGCUAGGGGAGGAGGGCUCUGAGCUGCCGACGUCGAGCACAGGGGACGGUGGUAUGCUUGCCGCCGGCGCGUCGGCGCCGCCUGACGGCGGCGCCGUCACCGUGACGCGAUAUAAUUCCUUCGGCGCCAGCACCGUCACCGAGCUACCUCCAGGCGAUGCUCGUACCCCGAGCCGCUUCCGCCCUGAUAGUGCCAGCUCGGCUUGGACGUCUUGGACAGGCAGUGGUGGCGGCGGCGGCAGCGGCGCGGAAUUGCACGCCGCCGCCGCGGCCGCGGCGCAGCAGCUGUUGCAGGAGACGGCGGCGCCGCCGCCCGCGACCUGUCGCAUGGAGGACGUGGCGGCAGCGGUGCUGUCCUUCGUGUGGUCGCUUGUGGGGGCGGCGUUGGGCCGUACGGAGGGGCUCGUGUUCCGGUUGCUCCUCUCAAUCGCGGAGCAACAGGCGGCGGGGGAGGUGACGGUGGACGACGCGCAGCUGGCGCUAUACGUGCUCGGCAGGGGCUCGCCGUCAGCACAGGCGGCGUUGCACGGCGCUGCGGCAACGGCGGUCUAUGGCAGCGGCUCCACCGCCGCCUCCAAACCUGUCUCUUUGACCCAGCAGCAACAGCAGCAGCAACGAAAAACAGCCAAGGAUUCGUCAAGCGCCGAUGGUGCCACGGGAAGCCUAGCCGUCCCCGCCGCCGGCGCCGCCGCCAGCGCCAGCGGCGGUCCAUCCUCGCGGCCUGGCACCUCAUCCUCCUUCAUGGACCCCUCCGCGCACGCCGCCAUACGGCAGUUAUUCUCGCAGGCCGCCGCACAGGAGACCCACGGGUCAGCGGCUGCAUCCCCCGCCGGCGGCCCUGCCGCCGCCUGGCCGUCCGAGCAGGCCCUGGCGGACCUCAAGUGGCUCGCGACCUGCGCCGCCGGCGCCGACCUCAGCGGCCUGGCGGCGGCGGUGGCGGCGGCGCCGCGGGUGUGGUACACCAUGUUGGCGGCGGACGCCAUGCCUCGCGGGCUACGUCCAGACCUGCGCGCCAGCUUGUCCCAGAGCGCUAUGGCCCAGGUACCCGACGUGUGGCGGGAGCUAUUGCGGCGGAAACCAAUCUAUCAACUCAUCCUGACGGCCAUCCUGGCGCCGGAGGCGCUGGCGGCGGCCGCCGACAGCUAUUCCGCUGCUGUACUUGGGCCCGCCGCUGUGGCUGCCGACCUGACGCCGGCGGAGCGGCUGCUGGCGGUGUUGAUGACCUCCCCCCCCGCCGUCCCCGUCAUCCUGGCGAUGUCGCCAGGGGAGGACCCCGUGGCUGUCGUACAUCAGGCGCAAGCUCUGUGCAGCAACCACCUCUUCACUCUGGAGCCGCACAGAGACUCCCACUGGGCCGCAGCGGAGGUGGUUGUACGACACCUGCAGCCCGAUGACCCCGCCGCCGGACGGGAGGUGCGGGCCGCGCUCGUGCGCGCCGCGCGCUCCGGUUCCUUGCUCCUCCUCCUGACUGCCCACGCCAGCCCGCACACGCUGGCGAUGAUGUUGGAGCAGCUCAAUGCGCGGGAACACAUGCUUCGCGGCUCCGAAACCACGUUUCGCUUGCUGCUGGCCAUGCCUGUGGAUGCGGUGCCCCGGCUGCAUCCCAAUGUGUUGGCGCAGUGCGUGCGGGCGGCGGUGCAGCCGCCGUACAGCCUGCGCGCCACCGUCGCGGCGGCUAUGCAGACCGUAGCGCAUUCGAGCGCCCGGCGGUUCGCGGCGGUGUUUGGCGCCAAGGGCGGCUCGGACAUUGACCUGGCGAAUCACGUGUUUGCGGCGGCGCUGCUAACGGCGGGGAUAAACCGGGCUGUAGCACACGCCGCCCUGCCGCCGACGGCGGCGCCGUUGACGGCAUGGGAUUUCCUCGCGGCGACGCGGAUUAUACGACAGGCGUUGACGGACGGCCGCGUCGCCGAUGACGUGUCGUCGCUGGACUAUCCUCGACUUCACGAAUUGCUGGCAACGGAGGUCCUGCUGCCGGCGUUGCCGGCGGCGCGGUUGGGCCGUUUCGCGGGCUGGGCGUUACAGCGGCUGCUGACGCCAGGCGUGCUGACGCUGUCGUACCCGGUGUACGGCUUGGUAGAUCCAGACGCCGAGCCAGGCAACGAGGUGGCGGCGACAAUGCCUCUGAAUGUACGGCUGCCGAGCAUGCUGGACUUUUUGGCAUCAUUGUACGGCGUGGAAACGGCGCUACAACCGCCGCACGCCGCCUCACAUGCACUGCAGCAGCGCGGUGAGUCCCUGGCGGCGGCGCUGAUGCUGCACCGCCUGGCGGCGGCGCCGGGACCCGUGUCGCCGGCGCGGGUGGCGCUACUGCCGGCAGAGCACACAGCCGUAGCGCCGCUGGCGGUGCAGGUGGCGGCGGCGGAACGUGUGCUGGCGGCGGCGGUUGCAGCGGCGCGGUCAGGCACGCCACUGUGGCCAGCCGGAACGGCGGCGUUGGCGUCGGCGGCAGCGGCGCCGGUGGAGUCACAGGUCCUGGUGCUGGAGGGUGGCGGCGGCGGUGGCGGCAGCUCCAAACCCGCCACCCCCAUGACGCCGCUCCAUCAGCUCCGGGUCAUGCUGUCAGGCGUCAGUGCACGGCAGCGCCUGGUGCAGCUGCAGCAAGCUGCCCUGAUCCCGCCCGCCGUCGGCGCAUUGGAGAGCGCCGCCGCCGGCGGCGGCAGCCGUACCGUCCAAAGUGCUGGCGGUGAGGCCGCCACCGUCGGUGAGGCCGUCGCCACCAUCACCACCGUCAGCAUCACCCCGAACGGUGUAUCGCCGCCGCACCUGACGCCCCGACUGGCUUGCUUGCAGCCGCGACCCGGCACCGCGUCGACGGUGUUUGGGCUGGCGUCGGCAGUGCCGGGAAGCCGCAGCGGCGGCACACCCGGUUCCGUACAUCAGCAGCUGCGCUCCAUCUUGAAUGCCGCGGGCAGCGGUGGCGGCAGCGGCGGCCCCGGUGCCGUACUGUCCGCACCUUGGCGCGGCGCAUUUGCUUGGGACUCGCGGCCCAACACCACCAACUCCCAUAUCGGCGGCGGCGGCGGCGGCGGCGCCCUGCGGUUCGCGCCCGCCGGUCCGGCGGAUGCCCUGAAGCAGCUAGGCUCGCGGGCGGAAAGCUCCUCCGGCAGUACGGCAGCGGCGACGGCGGGGUCGCUAUCGGGUGUGCCGUCGCCAGGGACUCCCGGAAUGGCUGCAGUUCUUACGACCUCUACGGCAGCCAGCCCGGCUCCGGAGCUGGCACUGCUGGACCUUUGGGCCACUGCCGUACUUUCGCCGCUGCUAGACUCCCUGCGCCAUAUUGAGCUUCUCCUACGGGCGUUACGUUUGAGCCUGGAAUCCAGGCUGCCGCCGCCUGAGGGGUCUGCCCUGGCCGCCAUCGGCAGCCUGGGUAGCGGCAGCGGCAGCGGCAGCGGCGGAGUUGAGAAAGGAGGGCCGGCGACGUCAGCUGGCCUGGCGGCAGCGGGCGCGGGCGCCGGCGCCGCGGCGGCGGUGCGGGCGGUGCCGACGCUGUCCGCAAACCUGUCCGCUAUUUUUGCGGAAUUUUGGGUAGCGGAGGUACGUGCCCUGCACGGCGCUGUGUGCGGCGCACUCGGCGGUGCAGAGGAGCUGGCGGCGGCGACAGCGCAUCCCGGGCUUCACGACACGCCAGGUGUACGGCACCUGCUGCGCUAUAUCACCGCCGGCUUCGUGCCGCCGGGCUGGCACCUGCCACCGGCGCCGUACCACCCUUGUAGCAGUGGGACCAGCGGCAGCGGCGGCGGUGAAGCGCACGUUGUCGGCAACGGCGCUGGCGGCGGGCGCAGCAGCCGGGGCAGCGGCGGUGCGCUAAUAGCUCUGCCGCCUGGCGGCCGCCAUCCCGUACAUGCCGUAACUCUGGAGCAAUGGCACCUGGAUCUGAAUGCAAGGGUACGGCAACUUCAGGAAGUAACUUCGUCUGACGUGGAUCUUCGCCCCGCCGUCGUGGAUAUGUCGUACUUGGCUCGGCCAGCAGCGCUGCUGGUAUGCCUCCGACGGGCGUUCGCGUACGAGCAGAACACGCAUCCGAACAACGUGGCUUGCAGGCUAUCUCUGCAGCCGCCAGCGGACGCCGCCGGGAGCGGCGCGGCGGCGGCGGUGGCGGCGGCGGCGGCGGCGGCGGGGGGCUCGUUGGACGGCGGCAGUUCUUCUGCCUCGUCACGGUUGGCAGCUCGUCCCUCCGAUAAGCCAUCGGGGCCGGCGGCGGCGGCGGCGGCGGCAGGGGGGGCCGCCGGCGGUAGCUACCCGAUCGCUGCGCCGCGCAGCGUGGGUGUUCUUGGUUUGCUCUGUCGUGACUUGGAGGUGCCGUUGGGGUCGGGGGGAACCGGACUGGGGUUCGUGGGGUUGGGGCUGCUACUGCCGGGGUCAGGCGGCGUCGUAGCCGGGAGCAACAGCCUCACUGGCAUAGGAAGCCUUGGCGGCGGCGGCGGCGGCAGCAGCAACCUGGACGCGUUGCAUGCGCUGCCCAGCGUGGGAUUGCUGUUGGAGGCGCAGAGUGCCGUAUCGUCGUACUCAGGGGCGGCGGGCAGCCAGGCGGGAGCGGCGGCAACGGUGGUGAAUGGCGGCGCUGCCGCCGCCGCUGGCGGCCUUGCCUCCGCCUCCGCCUCGGACUCCAUUGCACUUCAGGAAUCCUCGAGCCGCGCCUCCUCCGCCACCGCCGCCGCUGCAGCGGCGGCACUAUCCAUGCACCAGCAGCAUGCCGCCGCGGCCGCGGCGGCAGCAGCCGCCACAGCCGCCGUACUGGCGUCGCUGCGACCGUGCCCAAUGCUGUAUGCCGUACCCGGCUACGCCGACCCCGCGCUACGCAAGGCUCUGGGGGCUGGACGUACGGCUCUGAGGCCGCAGGGCGGCGGCGGCGGCGGCCGCAACAGCCGGGCUGUGGCGGCGCUCAUGGUGGGACUACCCGCCAGUGCCGUACCGCCGCCGUCAGUUCCCGUACCGUUGGCAGUGACGCCGCAUGAGGCCUUGCUAUGCGAUGAGCCGUACAGGGUGGCGUGGGAGUGCCGCCCCAACUCGCUGGCGGCGGAGGCCCCCCCGGAUCGGUUGCCGCUGCUGGCGGUUCGUCGUGCGGGGGGUGGGGAGGGUCUGGGGGCCGACCGGGGCACGGUAUUGCGGCUGGGGCCGCACGGCGAUAAGCUCAAGCGCGGUCCAGAUGCGCCCGAAUACAAUCCCACAGCGGAGAUGGUUGAUGUUACAACCGAGCAGCUUCGCCCACACGGAUUGGCAGAGGCGGUGGAGCGCGAGCGGCCGCUGCUGGAUGACCAGAAGGCGACUCCCUACCACCCCGUGGACAAGGACGGCGGCGUCUCUCCGCACGGGGGGUCCCUUCAGGGCGGCGGCGGCCUAAGGCUGUAA